UGAUUCAAGAACACCAUGCAGUUCUUUUAUUUCCUCUUCAAUUUUGUUUUUUUUGUCGAUUAAAGUUUGAACAUUUUUCGUUUUUUCAGCCACUUCGUCAUCCGCCAUGUUGUUAUCAGUAGCGCUGGCCGUGAUAACGCAGGCUCAAAAACAAAACAACAACAAGUUCACUCGAUGCUCAUUGACAAUUACAAAUUCAGAAAAAAUGCAAGAUAUUAGCUUUGAAACGAACAAUUGGGAACAAAUAGUUAUGAUUUGAACAGUUCCAUUACUCCUUUCGUUGGUAUAGGGUGUGCAAGCUAAGUUUCAACAUGCGAGAAACUUGAUUUUUUUGUGCGCUUUCAACGCAACAAGUAUUAUAAACCUUGAUUUAUUAUAAAAGGGCAUUAGUAUGUCCUCAGACUCAGAGAAACGGGAAGAAAGGGAAGCAAUUUUAGAUGAAGAAGGCGAUGUAUACGAAACCCCAGAAGAAAUUGAACUAGAUGAACGUCAAGCUGUACACGAGGAGGAAAAUUGGGAGUCGACAGGAGACAGUGACACCGAAAACGACAGUGAUCCUUCGGGCACGGACAGAUUAUCAAGCGAAAAUGCUGAUGAGCUUGAUAGUCCAUGUCUCUGCAAGGAAACAAGUGGAAAUGAUGAAGGGAAAGCUUCAGUGUCGAGUAGUAAUAAUAAAAGAAAAUUAAGGUCAAAGAAAGCUUCCUCCCAAGAGAACAGUGAUGAUAAUGAUAGCUGGGACAAUAGUGACUCAGAUGAGGAACCAGAGCUUUUGCAAUCUACUGACAGUGACUCUGAUAAUGGACCUACUACUGACGAACCUAAAACUUUAGAACGUUUAGGAAUCGCGUUGAAUAAAAGUGAACGUAUCUGGAAGAGCCAUAAAAGUUUGCAUUCUCGAGAGUUAGGUUUCAGCACACCGUAUUUGUUUACAAGGAAUGUGACAGGUUCAUUAAACAUGAUUCAGAAAUUCAAAUUGGAGAGAAAGCUUGAAUAUCAUACUGGAUGUGUAAAUACUUUGCACUUUAAUGAAACAGGUGAUGUAUUGGUAUCGGGAAGUGAUGAUUUAAAUCUUGUGCUCUGGGACUGGACAAGAGGAAAGAAAAAGUUUCACUAUGAAAGUGGUCAUACAGGAAAUGUAUUUCAGGUAAUACAUCAGUUAGAAUGCUCAAUGCACCACACGGUUUAUGCUUAUUACUUAAACCUUAUUCCAUGCUGAAAAUGGAUAUAUCAAAGGCAUUCUCUUGUUUUGGUGCAUUAUUAUAAGCAUGCCUAUUGCCUAACAUAUGUAAGGCAUUAGGCCAAUUAAAAAAAAUUUUCAUUGCUGUUUUUCAUCGCCGCCCUUGGACCUAAAAAUAAAAUGGCCGCCCAGAAAUUUUUUAAAUAUUUAGUCAUUACACAAUCACACGUUUUUUGCAACACCAUGCUAGCAAAGCCCAAGGUCUCACAUUUAGGCAUAGAAAUGAAAAUAUUAUAUGUACA